GCCCUUGGGAGUGGUAGAUGCCCGAGUCGGGAUCCCUGUGACCCCCCCCUUGCCUCCUCUGCAGCUGCUACACCCCAGACUUACAGACCUGGCCCCUACCGUCUGAGGGCAAGGCGGAAGUGAGGCGGGCAGCCUGUGGCUUCCUCUUUUUUGUUCUGCUGUGGGCCCAAGACUCAUUACUCAGAGCUUCAGAAGAGGGGACUGGGCACCAUGGCCUCCCGUGUAGUGCCGGUCAGACAGACAUGCUGUUGUUUCAACGUCCGAGUCGCCACCAUAGCCCUGGCCAUUUACCACAUAGUCAUGAGUGUCCUGCUGUUCAUUGAGCAUGUGGUGGAGUUGGCCCGUGGUAAAGUGUCCUGCAGGUUCUUCAAGAUGCCGUACCUCAGGAUGGCUGACCUGCUCUCCAGCUUCCUGCUCAUUGGCACGCUCUUCAUCAUCAGCAUCAGCCUGCUGUUCGGUGUGGUCAAGAACCGGGAGAAAUACCUGAUACCCUUUCUGUCCCUUCAAAUCAUGGACUUCCUGCUCUGCCUGCUCACACUGCUGGGCUCCUACAUCGAAUUGCCAGCAUACCUGAAGCUUGCCCGGCCCCGGCCCGGUCCUUCUAAGGUCCCCUUCAUGACACUGCAGCUGCUGGACUUCUGUUUGAGUAUCCUGACCCUGUGCAGCUCCUACAUGGAAGUGCCCACCUACCUUAACUUCAAGUCCAUGAACCACAUGAAUUACCUCCCAAGCCAGGAGGGCAUGCCACACAGCCAGUUCAUCAACAUGAUGCUCAUCUUCUCCGUGGCCUUUAUCACCGUGCUCAUCCUGAAGGUCUACAUGUUCAAGUGUGUGUACACAUGCUACAAAUUCUUGAAGCACAUGAAUUCGGCCAUGGAGGAAAGCAGCUCCAAGAUGUUCCUCAAGGUGGCUCUGCCAUCCUACGAGGAAGCCUUGUCUCUGCCCCCUAAGACUCCAGAAGGGGACCCUGCACCACCCCCAUACUCAGAAGUGUGAUCCCCACCCGGCCUUCAGCCCUUGGGCUGGGAGAGGCGAAACUUCCUCUUCCUGCUUCUUCACUUUGGUGGUUGCUGUGACCUGCCUACUACAGGACAAUCUGCUUGUGCACCCCUUCACUGUCCUCUCCUCUCGGGGACCCCUCACUCACAACUGAGUCACCCUGGGCUCAGUGACCCUUUGCAGCUCAGACUACUUAGCCUAGCAGCCCAUCUCGUCUCCAUCAGCAGUGAUCCUUGUUCAGAGCGCCGUCAUGGCAAGUUAGGGUGAGUUUGGUCAACAGCUACUGGCUUGAUCUGUUUGGCCAGGCUGCCAACACCUGCAGGGGCAGCAGGAAGAGAAUCUGACUAAGCAAGAGUUCCUGGUGUCAGUUUAUACUCAGCUGUCAGGUUACAGGGUGGGUCAUGAUGGUGGUGCCUGUUUGCCACCCCCAAACAUGAAAGUGUACGAACAAAACAAUUCCUUCAAAUAGCUUGCUUCAAUAGCGAUUCAGCCAACUGCCGUUGUUAGGGAUUAUGAUAAAAAUCUAGUAAGAAACUGAGGAGGAAAAGAAAUAGAAAUGGAGCCCCUCCCACCACUCACUGCAGUGCUCACCAUGGAGCCCCUCCCACCACUCACUGCAGUGCUCACCAUGGAGCCCCUCCCACCACUCACUGCAGAACACACCAUGGAGCCCCUCCCACCACUCACUGCAGUGCACACCACGGAGCCCAGCCUCUGCUUGAGUUUCUCCAGCACCUAGAGGCUGGGAAGCCCAACAUCCCCACAGCUGCCCUGACCAUCCUGUUCAUCGUGGAAAAAAAAAAUGUUGCUUCUGUUUUAAACAAUUCCUUCCCAUGAGCCACCACUCAGAUGGCAAGCUGUCCUCAUAUUCAGUCAAGUGUUCCCCAGGGCCACACAGUGGUGAGGUCCCUGCAAGAGUCACUUUAGCCACUGGCAGAUUUAGGGUCUGGUUAUCACAACAUCCCAGCAGCCAAGUUGCUCUAGCUUGCUUGCCCUGGGCUAUGCUCAGGGGAUGGCAGGCUUGGAGUUGGCUGUUCUGGGGGGCAGCUGUCUGUCACUAUGGCUGCCCAGUUGGGGCAGGCUAGCCCAUGGGGGUGUGAAGUGUAUCCUAUGGUGGCAGCAAGGAGGGUCAGUUCAUAUGCCUCUGCUGGCUUUUCCAUCACUAAGAGUUGCUAGGGAUCUACACCCUGCCUGUGGCGUAGAUGGGGCUGCAGGACUGAGAAGUUCCCACUGUACCUGUGUCAUUGCUUGUGUGUGACUUGGAAGAAGGGCCAAUAAAGCAGCUGAAAGCUU